GGACGCCGUGCGACGGAAAGACCGAUCAGCGGUCAAUCCUCCAUCGUCGCUGUGUCAAGAAGAGUCAUGGACUCGACUCAUGAUGACUGUACACAGCUGAGAGCUGUCCUGGAUCAUUACGAAGCAGAUCCUCGGCGUGUAGUAUAAGGUCAGGGAGAGAAGGAGAACAUGGUUCGAUCUGCAUCGUCGUAUUCUCUGCUGUUUCUCCGCAUACUAUACGGUCUAUACCUGGCAUCAAAUCCAUCGCUCCGUUCUGUACAAAGAAAAUCCAAGAUCAUCCCACGCCUGGCACGCCCCCACCAAGGAAGUUCCUGUUCACAUCCUGCCCGGCUCCACUUCGCUGUAUCUGCUUGGCGCCUCACUGUACCAGUGGACGAACCGCAUGCAGACGUGCAGCAGCACUCGGCGGUGAGAAUCCGAGAUCUGGGCAACUACUAGUAGCUUAGCCCGUGCAUACAUACAUUAGUAGUCACAGUGGUCUUCUUUGCAAAAGAACUUCUUCUUGUCUACUACAAGUUACAACGCAACUACCUAAGGCACCUUUACCCGACGAGACAGACAACAUGUCUCUUCAAGAAGCCUACACCCUGGCCCACACAGCGCAAUGCCGACUGCAAAUGGCAGCAAGUCGACCAGAUCGAAACUUGCGCUUUGUCGUUGGCCAUCUCAUGCACUUCCAAGCACUACGCGUUCGCAUUGUCGAAAUUGAGCACGACAUGACCAAGAGGUCACUAUCGUCUACAAAUCCAUUCAACAGAAAUGGUCACGUCGAUUACCACAUCCAGCACAAGCCUUCUAGCAUCGGGCAACAUUCGCCACCUCCAUCACCCGAGACCUAUGACGAAGAUGAAGCGGAGUCUGAUGAGGACGAUAUCGCAUUCGACGACGAAGCAGACGAUGGCCUAUCCCUAGCACGCUUCCCAUCCGCCGCGUCUCAAGGGCUUCAUCCUCAAUCUCAACCUCCACGAGUUGAACUCGAGCCUCCCGAGCUCGAACCAGAUGAGGAAGACUACUCCGACGAGGAAGAACCACGAAUUCCCGAAGAGCCUACAUGUACUCCACAAGAGCUCCAGCGAGCAGUCGAAGGCGAAAGCAACGAACGCUACACAUCAUACUACGAAGGAGUCCGGAAGUGCGUCUGCCACGGACAAACCAAUUCACCUAGUUUCGACCGAAUGUGGGACUUACCACCCGAUCAAGCCGAUGCAAGGGAGGGCGUAACACGAGCAGUUGCUCGUAUCAGCGAUCCUCCAAUUACGGCGCAAACGGUCUAUACCAAAGAGCAGAUUUACCCUCCUGCGCCGCAAGCCGUCGCAUGACCGUGGGGGCAUGAUAUGAAGCCAUUUUGUUUUUACCGGAAUGCGCAAUCGGGAUGAUCUGUGAUGGCGAUGGCAAUGGCUAUAUGCAUGGCAUGAAAAAAGUGUGUUUGUUUUUGAGCGAGAGAGCGAGCGAGCGAAAACAGAGCGACAAACGAUACCCAACUCCAGCGUGAUCGGCCUUGGCGCCUUACGAUGCGACGAAAUUUUCCUUUCGAAGAUUUUUUUUGGUGGCGUUUUGCGGAAAACGGAUGGAUGCUGCGGUCGGGGGACCCGGGUAUUGGGACUAGGCGGCUAUUAGUCGGCUUUCGGUUGUCCAUUGCAUGUGCUUGCCAUGCUUGGUAAUCCGCCAAAUUUUGGGGGGAAGAGAACCUCAGAUUCAGUGGACUAAAUAAGCCACAUACCUGACAUGUACUACUCAUGAGGGAAAGAGAUUGAAGGACCUCGGGUACAUGUAGUGAGGUACCUCUUUACCUUCAGUAAUGAAUGACUCACCGC